AUGGCUACUUACAUGGUAGGGGACUUGGAAGGAACAAGAUUGGAAAUGAAUGACAAAGAGGUUUGGAGAAACCGGGCAGAAAACUGCCCGGCGCGGCCCCGGGGCGGUUCGAGAGCCUCGGGAAGCGGGACACACCCUCUCCUUAGCCCGCCCCCCGCCCGGCGCUGGGAGGCGGAGGCCCGCGGGAGGCGCGCGGCGGGCUGCGCGCCGCGAGAGCGCUCGCUGCCAGCGGCUGACGAUGGCCGGCUGACGCGCGGGAGUCCGCGCCGGGGCAGGAUGAUGCUCCUGAGGGGCCCCUGGCCGCGGCGAGCACGGCUGCUGCCGACCCUCAGACCCCCGGGCCGAGUGCGUCCGCCGUCACUAACGCCGACGCCUCUGGUGUUGUGUGUGAAGCUGUGUGGAAAUCUAAAAUACAGUCAGUCACAUCUUUAUAGUACAGUGGUGCCCCCUGAUGAAAUAACAGUUAAUUAUAGGCAUGGCCUUCCCUUGAUAACCCUGACUUUGCCAUCCAGAAGAGAGCGCUGUCAAUUUGUGGUCAAACCAAUGUUGUCAACAGUUGGUUCAUUCCUUCAGGACCUACAAAAUGAAGAUAAAGGUGUCAAAACUGCAGCCAUCCUCACAGCAGAUGGCUGUGAAAUUUCAGCUUCCACUUUAAUGGAAGUUUUGCUAAUGAAUGAUUUUAAACUUGUCAUUAACAAAACAACAUAUGAUGUUCAGUGCCCCAAGAAAGAAAACCAGAGUAUGGAGCAUGCUACCGAGAUGGAAAAUGUGAAAUCCUUGGUUCACAGACUGUUUACAGCUUUACAUUUAGAAGAGUUUCAGAAAAAGAGAGAGCACCAUUUACUGGAGGAAAUUGACCACCUGAGGGGACAGCUGCAGCCUCUCGAACAGAUAAAAGCUGGAAUAGAAGCUCGCUCAGAAGCCAAAACCAGUGGACUUCUGUGGGCUGGGUUAGCCCUGCUCUCCGUCCAGGGCGGGGCACUGGCCUGGCUCACGUGGUGGGUGUACUCCUGGGAUAUUAUGGAGCCAGUGACCUACUUCAUCACAUUUGCGAAUUCCAUGGUCUUUUUUGCAUACUUUAUAGUCACUCGACAGGAUUAUACUUACUCAGCUGUGAAGAGUAGGCAGUUUCUUCACUUCUUCCAUAAGAAAUCAAAGCGAGAGCGUUUUGAUGUGGUGCAGUACAACAAGUUAAAAGAAGAUCUUGCUAAGGCUACGGAAUCCCUGAAACAGGUGCGCCACUCGCUCUGUUUGCGAAUGCAAGGAGAGGAAGUCAAUGAAAAGAAUUAAUCUUACAUUU